AUGUCAUAUAAACCGGUCACACAAUUUAAGGUGUUUUUCAAGCGAUCGUAUUCACACAUCUCCUACUUUGAAGUGGUUGUGCAGACAUUGAAGCCCACGAACAGCGCCGACAUCGUGACAGACACUGUGUUGAACUCAGUCCGCACGUGUGCGCCCACUGUUAUCGAGCCGGCGGUCGCACCGCUAUAUCUCAUGAGAUUGAAGUUUAUGUGCGAUUUCGUGGCAAAUAGUGAUGAGGAGACCUUUUGGUCCUACUAUUCUCAGGACACCACUAGAAAUAUCACUUUAAAGUUUAACACCUCGUCGUUGUCAAUAUGCGAAAUGCGAUUCUUUUACCGCAAGUUUUAUCGACCGCAUCAGUGCGGGUCACCAGACUUUCCCCUCCACUCACACGUAGACUCUGUACUGUACGGCAGUAAAUACGGACGAAUGCCGUACUAUAGCUAUACUUGCGAUAAGGAUUUCCAUCUAAUCGGUAGUCAAGAGGUUCGGUGCGGUGUCAGCAACUACUGGUUGGACUCGUUUCCCGCGUGCGUACCCACUGUCUCGUGUCCCAUACCAACCGAGUCGGCCAUUCAAGAUCUGAUAACAGUUGUGACCAAUUUUGAAGGUUUAAUGUCUUUCGGAAACGCCUCGAACGGCCAAUCGGUGGCCAUUGCGGGCUCGCGUGCCAUCUAUACCUGUGACACAUCUAUUGCCAAUCAGUCACAAAUAAUGAUUGGCGACUCCGUAAGGAUUUGCACGGAUAGCGGUGUCUGGAGUGGCGUUGAGCCAUAUUGUAUUGCGUUACCAAUGUUUGCAAAGCCAGCGCCAUCGCAAUACAGGUCGGCCGAUAUUAGGACCCACUAUCCAAACGGCACUCAUAUGACUUACACAUGUGAGUCGUCCUAUCACUCUAUGUAUACGCAUACAAAGGGCAAGGUUUGCCUCAAUGGCCACUGGAAAGGGACGGCCGGCCGAUGCGAGAUAACAUACGGAGGAGCGGUAAGUCUGAUGGGUAUCUUAGCCACAGAUUACGGGACCGGCGAAGUAAUACGUGAGUGGUUUCGGCCGCAACCAAAUGCCACCAACACUACCGACUCUAACCAAUACUAUUGGGGGGCGGCAUACGGCGGGUGGCCUCAGACAGACUCGUGUGUCUCGUUCAACGUGACUGUUCAACAGAAAUGGCAGCUCCGGUUCAAUGAUACCCAACCGAUCACAUCGUUUUGGCUGCAACUCAAACCGGGCGGAAUG